AUGACAUCUUCUAAAGCUGGCAUUGGCGGCGCUUUCCAGCCAAUAAAGGAGAAACAAGCACAAAAUCAGCCAGGGCUGGAGAAGGAUCUAGCCCCUACGAGUGAAUCGACCAAGCUUGAGGGAGCCCACGGAUUUGUUGAGUAUGUUGGCAGUGGUAAACUAGAGGACAAAAAGGCCAUCGUUACAGGGGGCGAUUCUGGCAUCGGCAGGUCUGUGGCCAUCCUUAUGGCCCGCGAAGGAGCAGAUGUCACCAUAAUUUACCUGCGUGAAGAGCAGGAAGACGCUGAGGUAACAGCCGAAGCGAUUAGAAAAGAAGGAAGAGAAUGUCUUCUAUACCCUGGAAAUCUCACUGACGAACCAACCUGUAAAUACGCGGUAGCUGAGCACGUCAAGAAAUUUGGCCGCAUCGAUAUCUUGGUCAACAACGCAUCGAGACAGUUUCUAUGCAAGGACUUUACAACGAUCAACCUCAAUACUGUAAAGGAUACCUUUGAGUCCAACAUUCUGCAAAUGAUUACUAUGUGCAAAUAUGCUGUGCCGCAUAUGGAAAAGGGAAGCUCGAUCAUAAACACCUCUUCUGUCACCGCAUUCCGGGGUUCGGGAUCCCUUAUUGAUUAUGCUUCCACUAAGGGAGCUAUCAUCAGCUUCACUAAGUCGUUGGCUAAAAACUUGAUGCCAAAGGGUAUCAGAGUAAAUGCAGUUGCUCCCGGCCCGGUUCACACACCUAUCCAGCCUGCCUCGCGACCAGCUGAACAAAUGGAAGGAUUUGGAUCCGGCUCUCAAAUCGGUCGGCCCGGCCAGCCAAGUGAGGUCGCUCCAAGUUUCAUAUUCUUGGCGAGCAAGGAAGCCUCGCUCUACUAUGGUCAAGUUUUGCACCCAUACCCGCUGGGGGAUUAA